AUUAUAUACAUUGCAUAUCAAUAAAUGGGAUCCAAAUGGAAAACUCAAUUAACAACACACAAUUCAUAGUAUGGCAAAGUGCCACAAACAAAUACGUGAUGCCGGUGACAGAAUACUUUUUACAUACUGAAUAUGAAAAAAAAACUUAUGCUACCAUUGCAAUGCUGCAGCUGAACACCCGAGGAAUGACUGGUCUUGGCGAAAUAUCUGCUCCAGUGCUACCAAUAUGUAUGCCAAUAAAAGGUGGUGGAGUAUUUGAGGAUUUCUACACAGUUAAAAUGACUGAUGAAAAGGCUGAAUUUUCAAAGCAAGUUAUCAAAAUGAAAUAUGUUGAGAAUCAAGACUGUGAAGAGUUUUAUUAUAGAGCUAAGUUAAACCACAAAAAGAUGGCCCCAGUGUCGGCAAUAUGUGCGGUGUCAGACACAUUGGGCCAGUCGUGUGUGUGGGACGCCGGAAGUGCCCUCAUCACUCGUCAGUCAUGGGGCUAUUGGAAAUUGUUAGGUUUUGGUACUCGCGGCCCAGGGUGCGCAGCUCCAGCCAGAUACCUCAAUAUACACCAAUACCUGGGAUGGAUUGACGAGGUGAUCAGCCAGCGACCGUUACGAGAGAGGUUUGAUGAAGAUGAAGGUCUGAUCUUCAGACGCGUCAGCCCGGUCAAGCUUAUUAUGUACAAAGGCAAUCUUCGACACCCAAAGUCGCAUGGGCAAUGCGAUCGCAAGGAACGUGGCAACGUGCUGUACAAAGAUAGUUCUGAAGUCCUCGUCAACAAGAACUUUGCACAAGGCUUUUUCUUUCUGUCGCUGGCCCAAGCGGCGUCGGUGCGAUGCGCAACUAUUCACUUGGAGGUCAGUUCACGCACCAACGCAGCCGUCUGGCUGGAGCAUUAUUGCCACAAGGAGCUCAUGGGGCAUAAGACGGGAUAUAAAUUCCGACAUAUCAAUCCAGAUGAGUGUUUCGUCUACUUUACCAGCGUGGCAUUCAUCGAGUUUCGUUUCUACUUUUCAUUUAAAGCUGUCCUGGAGGUGACAUUGUACGGAUCUGAGGAAGAAAUCAAAAUUGCCGAAGGUUUUUGGGCAGCCACAGAGUCCACCUACGCAUGGUGGCCCACUUAUACCAAUAUCCGAUCCGGUGGGUUCGUCCCCCGAAGUAGUUGGUAUUGGUAUAUGUAAUAAGUAGAAUGUUCAUUAACAAUAAGUGUAUG